AAUUUCGCUAAAAAAAUUUGGUAUUAAGUGACAGUUUCUCACCUUUGUUGGGAAGAGUAACUAGAUCUCAAAAAUGUCUCGCCCUUCAGAAGAAAACAUUGCUCUUCAGGAAGUGGGACAAAAUCCCGACCGUUAUCGAAUCAUUUUUGAACAGUGUGACUUCAAUCAAGAUGGAUACAUUUCUGUGAGGGAGCUGGUUCAUUUUCUUUCGUCAGAUUCUGAGAGAUGUAGAGGUUUGAAGAAAAAUAAUGUCAGAAGAAUUCAUAAAAUGGCGGACUUGAACGGCGACCAUUCUCUAGAUUUUCAUGAAUUUGUUGAGCUAAUGGAACGCCAAGACUUCAAAGACAUCGCUGGAAAAUAUUUCGCAUGGUAUGUGCAUACUUUGAUACCUCAUUCCCAACCUGAAGCUCAACGUGCUCGAAGCUUUAGACUGCACAGCUAUUCAACAAGCUAUGAAGAAGAGGAAAAAACACUAGAUUACAGCUGUUGUCCUCCUCCAAUUUUCAUGGUCUUGAUUUCGGCAUUAGAAUUCGCACUUUUUAUCACAGAUGAAUUAACUCAAACUGAUUCUACACUUACAGGAUCUGGAGCAACUGGAAAAUAUUUGCUAUGGGAUCCUGCUAAGAAAUCAGAAUUUUGGAGAUAUGUUACGUACAUGUUUGUUCAUAUUGGUUAUCAACAUAUCAUCGUUAACUUAAUAGUUCAGAUCAUUUUGGGUGUUCCCCUGGAGAUGGUGAACAGAUCUUGGAAGAUAUUACAUCUCUACUUUCUGGGUGGUAUCACAGGGUGCUUAGCUCAUGCAAUCAUCGACGGAAAUACCAGAUUGGGGGGAGCAAGCGGGGGAGUAUACGCCCUUCUAACGGCUCAUUUGGCUCAAGUUAUAAUGAACUGGAAAAACGUUACGGCGCCCUUUAUUCAGUUCUCUCUGUUUGGAAUUCUCAUCGUUUGUGAUUUAGGAACGUCAGCAUACCAAAGAUAUUAUCUCAAUGUCUUUACAUCUGUUGGAGUGACAUGCCAUGUAGGAGGAGCCGUGGCAGGAUUUCUGGUUGGAAUAUACACACUGAGAAACAUUGAAAUUACCAAAGCAGAAAAGUACUUCUGGUGGAUUGCUUUAUUUUUGUAUAUAAUAUUGAUGGUAGUGCUCAUUGUACUUAAUGUUAUUAGAUACUGAACAGGGUUGUGAUGGAACUUCCUCGCUCCAAAUGCAGAGCUUCCGCAUGAAACGAUCAUCAAUAACUGCCUCAGCAUGUUUUAACGGAGUUUAAUUGUUGCUUUUCUAUGAAAGAGCGUACCAUUCCGCAUUACAAAACUAUUGUUGAGUCUAAUUAGCCACGAAAUUGUCGUUUUUAUAAAUUUUGUCUAUAAAUAAAAUGAAUGAUUGGAACUUUAUUAAUAUCCAUAGCUUUCUCAGAAUCGCAAAUGUUUUGAAAAGUAAAUACUUAUACAUAUUUCCAGCCGAAACAUUUUCUGACGGUACUUUUUUUAGGUUUUGAGAACAGAAAGAACUAACUUGCCGAAACGUUAAGUCAAUUUAUUUUAUUUAUAGUCAAAAUCAAAUAUGACAAUUCAAUUUGCCAUUAAAUUUUGUGUGAAAAAUGGAAUCAAGUUCUCAAAAACACAUCACAUCAAUAACCGAUGAAGGAGUAACAAUAAGGAGUAUUAUCUUGAAGUUAUACGCCGCUUUCGAGGAGCAAUACGAAGAAAACGUCCGGUAUUGUGGAAAAACAAUUCAUGGCUUUUGUAUCACGAUAAAGCACCUGCCCAGUCGUCACUGCUGGUUCGUAAUUUCAUUUCCAAAAACAACACUGUAAUCAUGCCUCUCACCGUAUUCACCAGAUUUCGCCCCUUGGGAGUGUUUCUGUGUUCAAAAACAUACCAAAAAGUGCAUAUCAGAACUUUUUCAAGGACUGGAAGAAACGCUAGCACUAAUGUGUUAUAUCUGAGGGGGGCUACUUUGAAGACAUCAAAAUAGAAAUAAAUAUAAAUGAAUAUUUUUUGAGAAGACAGUGUAUCUUUUGCAGACAAUUUCAUGAGAAGCAUGAAUUUCUAUGUUCUGUCUCCCUUCUAUUAUUAUACAGUACUUUUUCUGAAUAUGUAAAUGAGUAUCUAGUACUAAACAACUGAACACAA